CACUUUCAAGACAUCUUGUUUUGAGUCAAGAUUCCUCCUUCUGAACAUGGGACUUUCCGGCGGGACCACAGCGCCUGCCCUGCACUCAUUUGGCUGAGGAUAUCCUGAUUUGCUGAGGAAGUCUUCCGAAGGAGCACGUCGGCCAUGUGGUGCCUCUGGGGUCUUCUUCUCUGCGAAGCACUCCUUCCCAUUGUGGUUAUCAGUGUCCAAGUGCUAAGCAAGGUAGGAGACUCUGUGCUGCUGGACGCAGAGUGCCCUCCCGGCUUCCAAGUGCGGGAGGCCAUCUGGCGAUCUCUCUGGCCAUCAGAGGAGCUCCUGGCCACAUUUUUUCGGGGUUCCUUGGAGACUCUGUAUCGCUCCCACUUCCUGGGCCGAGUCCAGCUGCAUGGCAACCUCAGCCUGGAGCUUGGGCCCCUGAAAACUGAAGACAGUGGCAACUUCUCUGUGCUGAUGGUGGACACGGGGGGUCAAACCUGGACCCAGACCCUGCAUCUCAAGGUGUACGACACAGUACCCAAGCCCAUGGUGCAAGUGUUCACUGCUGCAGCGGAAGAGGCGCAAGCCCCCAAUACCUGCCAAGUCUUCUUGUCCUGCUGGGUCUCCAACACCAGUGAUAUAACCUAUAGUUGGCGGCAGGAGAGGACAACGGACGGUGAUGCCGAACUGCACAGCUUUUUCUCAAAUGGACAGUUGCUAAGUGUCUCACUGGGGCUGGGAGACCAGGAUGUGGCCUAUACCUGCAUUGCCUCCAACCCCGUCAGCUGGGAUACGGCCACAGUCACUCCCUGGGAGAGCUGCCAUCAUGAGGCAGCCUCCGGGAAGGCCUCCUACAAGGAUGUGCUGCUGGUGAUUGUGCCCAUCUCACUCUUCCUGAUUCUAGCUGGUCUCCUUGGGGCAUGGCACCAUGGCCUCUGCUCAGGGAAGAAGAAGGAUGCUAGCACUGACAGAGUGGUUCCAGAGACGGAGAAUCCCCUCGUGCAAGGUACGCCAUGAGGGACAGCAUAAACUGACGCUUGGAUCUUGAUGUGAGGCUCUGCCUAGUCACAUGAUGCUCCACACCUGGAAACUUCCAGGAUCCUCGUCACUUCCGCAAGUCUCCCGUCUGCUGCUGGAGAACCGCCAAGGAAGCCAUCACCCUGGUUCCAACCUCCUCCACCCUCCCUCCUCUUUGCACACGCUGGAUCUUCUCUGGGCAAAGUGGACUGAGAAGUUUCUUCCUUAAGAGCCCUGGACGUUCUCUAGAACCCACAGAGACAUUGUCUAUCCAAAGCACUCAUGCUUCUAGCACUAUAUAGAAGGAAUUAUCUACCAAGAGACUGCCUCUAGGCCAGGUACUGGGCCCUAAAAGAUAACAGAUGUUUGAACUAACAGGGAAAUUGAGCUAACCACUGUCAACUCUAACCCCAGCCCCUAGAGUCUGAGAUCCUUGUGUUCAAGAUGUUAUCAUAAGAAAAGUUACAGACUAAGGAAAGGUGGAAGGCAGGGCUUUUUCUUUCUGGCCUGAAGGGCUUUCAUAUCAUAUGAGUUCAAGACCCCCUCAAUGGUAAUUUGAGGUUAUUAAAAUGACAAAGAAUAGCUGACAUGCCAUCUUGAUAUGGAAGUCAUUUUUCUUUCUUUCUUCCCUCUCCCCUCCCCCGACAGGAUUUCUCUGUGUAACAGUCCUAGCUGUCCAGGAACUCACUCUGUAGACUAGGCUGGCUUCAGACUCACAGAGAUCCAUCUACCUCUGCCUCCUGUAUGCAGGGAUUAAAGGUGUGAGCCACCAACACCCAGCCAAAAGUCAUUUUUCUGGUAGCACCCUAUUAAUAGACAUCUUCAUCACCAUUAACUCUCAUGCCUCCUGCAUGAUCUGGAGUGGUGUUUGAGGGUCUAUACAUUCCACACAGUUGCCAGAAAGGAAAAAAGAGAGAGAGAAUUUGACCCAGCCAACAGUAAAGCAACAGCAAGAGAAGCAGCUAAGUUCAGGGUAAAUCUGUCUUUCUGAAACUGGGAGAAUGAAGAACCAUGAAAAGCUACAUGGGAAGAAAACUGGAGGGAAGGGUACCGGGACAUUUUAGAAUCUGCCACGUUCAUUUUCAGAUGCAAGUGUUGAAGAUCCACCUAAGUACAAGGGGAGAGAAAAAGUCCCUACCACUCAAUUGUAGAUUGUCAAGGUUGCUUUGACGUACGCCAUAGAGGAUAUUGUUCUGGCCAUCUUUGGAAAAUGUAUCCUGCCAUUGAAUGAUUCUGUCUGGAAAA